AUGGGUGACCCUGAACCAGAAUCGGAAUUUCGAGCUUCACCGUCUUCAGAAUUGUCAGUGCAUGAUAUUGCUAGUUCUACUAAUAGUAACAAGUGGGAAGAGAUUCUCCGGAAAAUGUUACCGACGGGAGCUCCGUUGCCGGACGAGGACCAUUUGGACUAUUCCAUUACGGUGGAUUAUCAAGGCCCUCCUCCUUGUUUGCCUCCUUCAAGAAGUGGUAGUAUCCCUAAACCUUCUAAGUUCAUUUCACCUUAUAAAACCCACCAUUCGAUUCUGAUUUCUCGUAAAAGUGAUAUCUCGGUUGAGAGGGUUUACCGUGAUCGUGUAAAUUCGGACAAAGAUGAUGGAAUUUCAGCUUCUUGUUCUUCUUUAUGCUCUGAUUUGCUUGUCGUUAGUCGUGAUGAUGAAAAAUUUCAAGCUUGUGUUGGUAAUUGUAGUAAUAGGAUUGAGGAUGAGCCUUAUGUUGAUUCUUCACUGAAUGUAGAUAGUAAUGAUGGGAUUUGUGGGGUGAAAAAUAGGAGAAAGGUUAAGGGUUGCAGUAGGUGUGGGGGAGGGGGACGGUUAUCUUCGAUUUGGGGUAAGAGAGAGAGGUGUAUAGUUUGUGGAGCAGAGUACUGUAAAAACUGUGUGCUGAAAGGAAUGGGGUCAAUGCCGGAGGGAAGGAAAUGUGUAGGGUGCAUUGGGAAGCCGAUCGACGAGGUGAAUAGGGAGAAAUUGGGGAAAUGUUCCAGGAUGUUGGAGAGGGUAUGUAGUGGUUUCGAAGUGAAGCGGAUUAUGAAGGCCGAGAAAGAGUGCAGGGCUAAUCAGAUACGCCCCGAGCAAGUUGUAGUCAAUGGUAGGCCAUUAAAGGAAGCAGAGCUGGCGGAAAUCAUGGGAUGUGCAAAUCCUCCUUGUAAUCUGAGGCCAGGAAGGUAUUGGUAUGAUGAGGAUUCCGGACUUUGGGGCCAGGAGGGAGAGAAACCUGAUAGAUUUAUCAGUGCAAAACUGCAUGUGGGAGGCAAGCUUCUGGUUAAUGCCAGCAAUGGGAAUACCAAGGUUUACAUUAAUGGCCGUGAGAUCACAAAACUGGAGCUCAGGAUAUUGAAGUUAGCCAAAGUUCAAUCCCUCCGUGAUACUCACUUUUGGGUGUAUGAGGAUGGAUCCUAUGAAGAAGAGGGUCAAAAUAACAUUAGAGGAAACAUUUGGGCCAAGGUGUCCACUCGAUUGAUUUGUUCAUUGUUUUCAUUGCCUGUACCGCGUGGAAUUGUAGACCAUCCAAAAGAAGAUUCAGCUACUUUUCCAUGGAGAGCUGUGUCUGGGUAUUUGGAACAUGAGAACGUUAAUAAACUUUUGCUCUUAGGGUUGGAAGGAUCUGGCUCAAGCGCCAUCUUUAAGCAGGCCAAAUUCACAUAUGGAAAAUUCACUGCGCAAGAACUUCAGGAUAUCAGAUCUACCAUUCAAAGUAACUUAUUCAGAUACUUGAGCAUCUUACUCGAAGGACAAGAAUACUUUGAAGAUGAGGCCUUUCUGACCAGAACAACUCAUGAGUUGACUCCUGCCGAGAAGUCUGCUGAAGGGGGUGAUUUGCUUGAUGGAACAAGGCAGCCCAUUCAUUCAAUCAAACCAAGAUUGAAGAAAUUCUGUGACUGGUUACUGGAUACUGUGGCUAAGGGAGAUUUUGAAGCAUUUUUUCCCGCAGCAGCACGUGAAUACGGAUUCAUUUUAUAUGAAGUGUGGCAAGACCCUGCCAUUCAGGAGACUUACAAAAGAAUGAAGGACCUUCACUGGCUUCCAGAUGUUGCCAAAUAUUUCUUAGAUCAGGCUAUCGAGAUAUCAAGUAAUGAAUAUCAACCCUCAGAAGAACAUAUACUGUACGCUGAAGGAGUUACUACAAAAAAUGGCCUUUCUUCUUUUGAAUUCUUAUUUGAAGAGAAAACUCCCAAUAUAUCAGAAAGAUAUGAUGAUGACGUUGAAGUCCAUUCUCCAUCCACCAAUUAUCAAUUGAUCCAUAUCAAAUCCAAUGGAUGGUUUGGUGGCUGCAAAUGGAUUGAAAUGUUUGAAGGUAUCAGAGCAGUAGUCUUCUGUGUUUCCUUGAUUGAUUACGACCAGGUGGAAGAGCAUGCCGAUGAGUCAAUGUCCAAUAAAAUGUUAGCCAGCAGAAGUUUGCUUGAAACCUUAGCGAGACAUCCUACGUUUGAAAACACACCAUUUGUGCUGCUCCUGAACAAAUAUGAUGCAUUUGAGGAAAAACUCGAGUUAGUUCCUUUAACAGUUUGUGAUUGGUUCUCUGACUUCCACCCAAUGAAACCCUAUCGCAGCAGUCACUCCAUCGCGCACCAAGCUUAUUACUACAUUGCUCUGAAAUUUAAGGCGCUUUAUACCUCAAUCACAGGAAAGAAGCUUUUUGUUUGGCAGACCAGAGCUCGCGACCAGUCCUCUGUAAAUGAAGCUCUGAAUUACAUAAUUGAAGUCAUUAAGUGGGAUGAUGAGACUCGAAAAAUGUCUGUAAUGUUUGAUGAUGACUCGUUUGGUAGCUCAGAAAGCACUCGUUCACCCAGUAUUCAACAAGAUUGA